UGUGGAUGCUUAACAUCUGUGUUUGAGGUGAUCAGUUCAGUGUGGAUUUGCAGGUUUUGUGAAAACACAGCCGAGCCGAUAUGGACACCGGUGGUUUGAUUCAGACUUGUCUCCUCCUCGUUUUCUCCAUUUGUGUGUGUGUCGUUACGGGAAGUCCAAUAGGUACUUCAGACAUAAAUUGUAAUGGAGGUAGCAAUAAAUAUGUGGGUGCAGUGGAUGAAGGAUAUGAAGGGGAUGUGGAGGUGGUGAAUGGGAUCAUAGCAGGAAGCAGUGUGAUGCUGGUGCCCCACAUCUUCCCCGAGCACCUGGAGUUUCUGCAGCUGAGCUUCACACUUGGAGACACCAGCGCAACUGUUCGCACCAAGCAGCCGCUGGACGCAGACAUGCUGGUGGCUACUGACAGCACCUUGUAUUACUCUGUCAUGUGUGUCGGCUCACAUAAGUACAACAACACUCGGACACUGAAAAUCAACGAUCUCAAUGACCACAGCCCGAUAUUUGCACAGAAGCUCUAUAGCACUACUGUCUCUGAGGUAAAACCUGUGGACAGUGAAGUUCUUCGAGUGACAGCUGUGGACGGAGACAGCACCACGGCAAACAACGGAUUGACAUAUUCAAUUGCACCAGCUUCAGAGGACUUUAUGGUGACCAACUCAGGGGCUUUUAUUUUGAAGAGGCGUUUGAACUACAAUGUAGUCCAAAAGUACAACUUCAUUGUGACGGCACAGGAUAACUGGGGGUUAAAUGACACGGCCACUGUGUUGAUCGACGUACAGGACUUUGAUAACUUGAAUCCCUAUUUCAGCCACAACGUGUACCAGGCCUUUAUUCCAGAGAAUCAGAUUGGGUCUUUCCAGGCCAUUGAGCCAGAGACGAUAAAGGCUCAGGACGGAGACAGUGGGAUCAACAUGACUUUAACUUACUUCAUCAGUGCAGUGUCUCCAGACAAGUAUCAGAGAAACUUCAACAUUGAUUCCAGCACUGGAGCUAUGUCUGUGCUGACUGCCAUAGACAGAGAGGAGAUGGACAGCAGUGUGAUCUCUGUCAGCAUCAAGGCGGCCCAGACAGACGACAGUUUGAAGACUGCUAAUGCUGUGGUGUCUGUCACUGUUGAGGAUGUGAAUGAUAAUGCUCCAGAGUUUGACCAACCCGAAUACUCUCCAAAACUUCUGGAAAAUUCUCCAGUAAAUGCUGUUGUGUUCAAAGCCAUCGUCAGCGACCUGGACCAGGGAGGAUUUGUAGGAACUUUGCGGAUCCUUCCAGAAUCUGCUCCUUUCUCUAUCGGUUCUGAUGGGACGGUCAGGGUGAAGAACUCCACAGCUCUGGACAGAGAGACCACUGAGAGGAUCACGUUUCAGAUUGAAGCAAGGGAGAAGAAUCCACCCCACAAUGUCAAAGUGGUGCAAGUCAGUGUGACUCUUCUGGAUGAAAAUGACAACAGUCCUGCAUUCACCAGUAACAAGUAUGAGGGAAAGGUGUUUGCAGAUCAAAAAGUGGGAAUGCUGCUGGUCCAGGUUAAGGCAGAAGAUCCAGAUGCUGGCGCAAAUGGGCAGAUCAAAUACUCUAUUGACUUUGGGAACAAUGACGGCUACUUCGCAAUCAACGAAAACACUGGAAAUAUCACGCUGGCUGAAACCAUUCCCCUGAAGGAAAACAUGAUUUUGGAGUUCCCGCUCUACAUAACAGCCAGAGAUGGGGGCAGCAUAUCCCGUUCCUCCUCAGCACAGGUGAACAUUCGUGCUCCUGGCAACUCAAAACCUCAGUUUUUACAAAAAGUCUACCGUGGCACCGUAGAAGAAGAGCAGGAUCUAGGAGUUGGGAUUCUUAAGGUUAACUUCCUUGCAAUAGCUGCUGAGAUGCCUGUGACUCUUCGCAUUGAGACAGAAGGCGACAAGUUUGCCAUCUCCUCCAGUGGUGAAUUCACCACCAAGGUGAAGCUCGACUACGAUGAGGCCCCACACAACUACUCUGUGGCGAUCUCCAUCUCUGACGGGGUCAACAGGGACGACGCGGUCGUGGAGGUUCGAGUCACUGACGUCAACGAUAACAGUCCUGUUUUUACCUCCAGUUCUGUCACAAAAUCAGUCCCAGAGGACGCAGAGACAGGAUACAAUGUUACUGUUGUUCCAGCUACAGACAAAGACAGCAGCUUCAACAAGGAGAUCAGGUACUCUCUGAGAGGAGGAGAGGGGAGGUUCUCUAUUGAUCCUGUUUCUGGGAUGGUGAGUGUGGCUGGUGCACUUGAUAGGGAGACCAAGGCUGAGUACAACCUGCUGGUGGUGGCCGAAGACCAGGGUCGUCCAGCCAUGUCGGCCACAGCCUCCCUGCUGGUCCAAGUGUCCGACAUCAACGAUAACGUCCCCAAGUUCUCAACGACUGAGUAUCUGGUUGAAGUCUUUGAGACAGAGUCAGUGGGUACAAGCAUUCUCACCUUAUCAGCUGCAGACCCCGAUGAAGGAGCAAAUGGGAGCGUUACUUACAGAAUUUUCCAGCAAAGUCCCUCAUCAGACCCUGCUGUUUUUGAGUUGGACUCUUCCAGCGGGACUCUGCGGCUGGUCCAGCCUCUGGACUACAGUGAGGUGAAGAUGUACAGUCUGAUGGUUCAGGCCUCUGAUGGGGGGACCCCGUCUCUGGUUGGGAACGGUUCUGUGGUGGUGAAGGUGAAGGACGUGAACAACAACCCACCUGAGUUCAGUAAGGAAAGCUAUGACGUGGCUGUCUCUGAGAACCUGGCCAGCGGUGCGUCCGUCCUGACCCUGGAGGUCACUGACAGGGAUGAGGGAGGAUUUGUGGGAACUCUGCGGAUCCUUCCAGAAUCUGCUCCUUUCUCCAUCAGCUCUGAUGGGACGAUCAGAGUGAAGAACUCCACAGCUCUGGACAGAGAGACCACUGAGAGGAUUGUGUUUCAGGUUGAAGCGAGGGAGACGAAACCACCCAACCAUGUUGCGGCGGCGACUGUGAAUGUAACUCUUCUGGAUGUGAACGACAACAGCCCUAAAUUCACCAGCAGCAAGUAUGAGAGCAAAGUCUUCACCAACCAAACAGAGGGGAUGUUGCUUGUGAAGGUUGAGGCAGAAGAUCCAGAUGCAGGUGUCAAUGGACUGAUCAAAUACUCCAUCGACUUUGGGAAUCAAAACAACUACUUCUCCAUUGAUGAAAACACUGGAGCAAUCACUCUGACGAAAACGAUUCCACUGGAAAAGCAUCAAACCUUGGAGUUCUUAUUGUUCAUAACAGCCAGAGAUGGAGGCGUAGUGUCCCGCUUUGCCUCAGCGCAGGUGGAGAUUCUCGCUGUUGGAGAUUCAAAACCACAGUUCACACAGAGCACCUACAGUGGCACCAUAGAAGAAGAGAGAGACCCAGGAACAGUGAUCCUCAAGGUUGACUUCCUUGCUGCAGGAGAGAUUCCCGUGACUCUUCGCAUUGAGACAGAAGGCGACAAGUUUGCCAUCUCCUCCAGUGGUGAAUUCACCACCAAGGUGAAGCUCGACUACGAUGAGGCCCCACACAACUACUCUGUGGCGAUCUCCAUCUCUGACGGGGUCAACAGGGACGACGCGGUCGUGGAGGUUCGAGUCACUGACGUCAACGAUAACAAUCCUGUUUUUACCUCCAGUUCUGUCACAAAAUCAGUCCCAGAGGACGCAGAGGUAGGAUCCAAUGUUACUGUUGUUCCAGCUACAGACAAAGACAGCAGCUUCAACAAGGAGAUCAGGUACUCUCUGAGAGGAGGAGAGGGGAGGUUCUCUAUUGAUCCUGUUUCUGGGAUGGUGAGUGUGGCUGGUGCACUUGAUAGGGAGACCAAGGCUGAGUACAACCUGCUGGUGGUGGCCGAAGACCAGGGUCGUCCAGCCAUGUCGGCCACAGCCUCCCUGCUGGUCCAAGUGUCCGACAUCAACGAUAACGUCCCCAAGUUCUCAACGGCUGAGUAUCUGGUUGAAGUCUUUGAGACAGAGUCAGUGGGUACAAGCGUUCUCACCUUAUCAGCUGCAGACCCUGAUGAAGGAGCAAAUGGGAGCGUUACUUACAGAAUUUUCCAGCAAAGUCCCUCAUCAGACCCUGCUGUUUUUGAGUUGGACUCUUCCAGCGGGACUCUGCGGCUGGUCCAGCCUCUGGACUACAGUGAAGUGAAGAUGUACAGUCUGAUGGUUCAGGCCUCUGAUGGGGGGACCCCGUCUCUGGUUGGGAACGGUUCUGUGGUGGUGAAGGUGAAGGACGUGAACAACAACCCACCUGAGUUCAGUAAGGAAAGCUAUGACGUGGCUGUCUCUGAGAACCUGGCCAGCGGUGCAUUCAUCCUGACCCUGGAGGUCACUGACAGGGAUGAGGGUGGAUUCUCCAACGGUUACUUCCUCUACACCAACGAUACCUUUGACAUUAACAAACAAGGUGUGGUGUCACUGAGGAAGGACGUCACCUUGGACAGAGAGACAAAGGACAGCUACAUAUUACAGGUGGUGGCGGUGGAUCAGGUCACUGACGGUCUGAGAUCCACAGCUCAGCUCAACAUCACCGUCCUGGACUACAACGACAACGCCCCACAGUUCCCAGCUAUCCCGGACCCCCUACAGAUCCCUGAGGGCGACUACUCGGAGGAAACUCCAGGAGAGAUUUUCACCAUUGUGCCCACAGACGCCGACCUCGGCCCCAACGGAGAGGUCACCGUCUCCCUCCCCUCCCCUCACCCACUCUUCAGAUUCAGAGAGGACGGGACGUUGCUGGCUGUUGGCCCUCUGGAUCGGGAGAGCAGGGAAACUUAUGACCUGGUCGUUAAGGCCUCAGACAAAGGCAGCCCACAGAGAGAGAACGUCACCACCAUCAGAGUGAGACUCCUCGACAUCAAUGACAACAGACCUGAGUUCAGCUCCAGCAGCUACGUCAGCAGCGUCCUGCUGAAAGACGCCGAGAAAGGGAAGCUGCUGCUGACGCUGUCCGCCACCGACAGAGACGCCGGGAACAACUCGCUCAUCACCUACAGUUUCUCUGCAGGAAGCUCUCCGUAUUUGGCCUUAAACAGUGAGACCGGGGCCGUGACCUUGACCUCUGACCUUGCUGAUGUCACAGAGGACACCACGCUGGUGCUGACAGCCGUGGCUAAAGACCACGGCCGGCCUCCUCUGAACACCACAGCCCGUCUCGUGGUCAAUCUGAGGGUUGUCAGUCUGGUGGAGGGCGUGGCCUUCCGGAGCUCCUCCUACAACUUCAGCCUACCUGAGAACCAGCCGGCGGGGUGACGGUGGGAAGGGUGUGGGCCUCCUCAGGAAG